ACUUUGGCCGAUUUGUUGCAAACGGAUGUGUAUGCCUAUGAUUAUUCCGGAUACGGUAUCAGCACCGGCAGUCCAUCGGAGAAAAAUGUUUAUGCUGACAUUGAAGCUGCCUAUCAACACAUUCAUAAAACUAGAGGAAAAAAUGUUCGAAUAGCUUUAGUUGGUUACAGUAUUGGAACAGCACCAACCGUUUACUUGGCUUCAAAGCAUCCACCAAAUCUUUGCGGCAUCGUCCUCAUCGCGCCAUUUACAUCGGGUCUACGACUGUAUUCAAAACGCGACUCGACUUGCUGCAUGGACCGCUUUUUGAGAGUAUCGGGCUAA